AUGAUGGACCCCAAGAUACAAGGCGCUAUCCUGAAUGGACUCUACAACCUCAGUGCACCAGUACAAGUGGAAUGUCAGACUGGAAACUGCCAAUGGGAUGACUUUACAACCCUGGCAGUGGCUAGCAAUUGUACAAAUGUCACAUCCAUCUCUCAAAUCGUCUGCGGUAGGAUACACGCAGGCUUAGCAUGCAACUAUACAACUCCCACUGGCUUUUUAAUCAAAUCGUCUCGGAGUACUAGCUCAGGAGGCGAAAAGGGAACUUGGUUCAACAGUACCGCUCGUAUUCACUCGAGUGAGUCCAACGAUGGCGCUGCAUUCAACAGCUCCAUAAUCAGCUUCGCAACAGCCAACAUGAUAGGGCAGUAUAGCAUUGAAGCCCCCGAUAUCACAGAGUGCAACAUGCGUUGGGUCGGUCGGCAUGUCCGCAACAUGACCGUCGUGAACGGUACCUUCAACCUCGGUAUCAUUCAAGACCAUGAGCUCUCCGGUAUCCCCAAGUCAUAUGGCGAAGAGAUACAGUGGGCCUCUUUCAACCUUUCAGAUGAGACUACAACGCUCACGGGUAACACGACUUUCAGCAUCAACGCAGGCGACAACAAGGGUAUCAAGACAUUUCUCUCCGACGUUUUCUCCUCUUCGCUACGCGACGCAUACGGUCUCGCUCUGUACAACUCCACAAACCUUACGCAAACUGUGGAGGCUAUCAGCACUUCCAUGACGUACGCUUUCAAUACGGGAAUUAGCAGCAUCAAACUCCCUGGUAGAACAAUCACGACGGAGCAAUACAUAAAAGUCCACUGGGCCUGGAUAAGCGUACCAGUUGUUGAAGUCAUCAUGGGCAUUGCGUUCUUCGUAGCUACGCUCGUAUAUACAUGGAGGAGGGGCGUAGUGGCCUGGAAGAGCUCUGCCAUCGUACCGUUAUUCACGCACAUUGAAGGAUGGCAUCCCGAAGAAAGUCGAAUAGGCAGUGCACGAGAGGUAGAGAAGAGGGCUAAAGAGAUGAGGGGUUUGCUAGAGAGAGAUGAAGACGGUGGUCAGAGGUUCAGACGCAUAGAUGCAUGA